GUCAUGUCGACCCAGGAGAAGACGACCUACAGACAGCCCUCCGGGAGACCCAGGAGGAAGCGGGGCUGGACGCCAGCCAGUUCACCGUCCUAGAAGGCUUCAAGAAGGAACUGAACUAUACCGUUCGAGGCAAGCCCAAAACGGUCAUCUACUGGCUGGCGGAAAUGAAAGACAACCACGCGGAGAUCCGACUCUCUUCGGAGCACCAGGCCUUUCGCUGGCUGGCCCUCAAGGAGGCCUGUGAGCUCUCUGGAUUUCAGGACAUGCAGACCGCAAUGCGGGAGGCCGAUCAGUUUCUCUGUUCCCGGGC